AUGUCUGGGCUGCCCGGCGGCCCGGAGCAGAGCGCGCCCGACGCGCCGCGCGCUGGCUUCGUGCUGGGGCUGGACGUGGGCAGCUCUGUGAUCCGCUGCCACGUCUAUGACCGGGCGGCGCGGAUCCGCGGCUCGAGCGCUCAGAAGGUGGAAAGUCUUUAUCCUCAAACUGGCUGGGUUGAAAUUGAUCCUGAUGUUCUCUGGGUUCAAUUUAUUGCUGUAAUAAAAGAUGCUGUCAAAGCUGCUGGAAUACAGAUGAAUCAAGUUGUUGGUCUUGGCAUAUCAACACAGAGAGCAACUUUCAUUACGUGGAACAAGAAAACAGGACAUCAUUUUCACAACUUCAUUAGUUGGCAAGACCUAAGAGCUAUUGAACUUGUAAAAUCUUGGAAUAGUUCUCUUCUAAUGAAGGUAAUACACAGUUCCUGCCGAGUGCUUCACUUUUUCACUAGAAGUAAACGACUACUAGCCGCCCAUAUGUUCACUUUCACCACCCAGCAAGCUUCUCUGCGCCUGGCCUGGAUAUUACAGAAUAUAAUAGAGGUGCAAAAGGCAGCUGAAGAAGGAAAUUGUUGCUUUGGAACUAUUGACACCUGGUUAUUACAUAAGCUCACCAAAGGUUCUGAAUAUGCCACGGAUGUUUCAAAUGCCAGUACAACUGGACUUUUUGAUCCCUAUAAGAUGUGUUGGAGCAGUCUCAUUACCUCCUUGGUUUCAAUACCACUCUCCCUCCUGCCUCCUGUGAAGGACACGAGCCACAAUUUUGGAUCAGUGGAUAAAGAGAUAUUUGGUGUGCCUAUACCAAUAGUUGCCUUGGUCGGCGACCAGCAGUCAGCCAUGUUUGGAGAAUGCUGCUUCCAGACAGGAGACGUGAAAUUAACCAUGGGAACUGGGACUUUUUUGGAUAUUAAUACUGGAAAUAACCUACAACACACUGUGGGAGGAUUUUACCCAUUAAUUGGGUGGAAGAUUGGGCAAGAAGUUGUGUGCUUGGCUGAAAGCAAUGCAGGAGACACUGGUAUUGCCAUAAAGUGGGCUCAGCAGUUAGAUCUUUUCACAGAUGCUGCUGAAACUGAAAAAAUGGCCAAAAGUUUGGAAGAUUCUGAAGGAGUUUAUUUUGUUCCAUCUUUUAAUGGAUUACAGGCGCCAUUAAACGACCCCUGUGCUUGUGCCUCUUUCAUGGGUUUGAAGCCUUCCACCAGUAAAUACCACCUCGUUCGAGCAAUAUUGGAGUCAAUAGCUUUCAGAAACAAACAAUUAUAUGAGACGAUGCAGAAAGAGAUUCGUAUUCCUGUAACAAAAAUCCGGGCAGACGGAGGAGUCUGUAAGAACGAUUUUGUCAUGCAGAUGACUUCAGACUUGAUUAAUGAGAACAUAGAGAGACCUGACCACUUUGACAUGUCCUGCCUAGGUGCGGCGUCUCUAGCAGGCCUUGCUGUUGGGUUUUGGACCGACAAGGAGGAGCUAAAGAAACUGAGGCAAAGUGAAAUGGUUUUCAAGCCACAGAAGAAAUGGCAAGACUAUGAAAUGAAUAUGGAAAACUGGCUCAAAGCCGUGAAACGCUCCAUGAAUUGGUACAACAAGAUGUAAUCAACUGAUGCUAUGGAAACCGUAGCUGGCUGAUAUCCAUGAUGUGCACACGAGGCAAAGCUCAGGGAUAACCAGAAAUUAACAGUGACCUGGAAAAGAUGCCAAGCAAGCUUCACAGCCUCAGAGGAAAAAGAAUUGCUUUUCAAAACAAAACAAACUUUUGUUUUUAUCCAAAGAUUGAUAAAAUUAUAAGGCAACAAUACCUCAAAACUUCGGAUUUUUUUUUUCUCAAAUUCCAAAGGACAUUAGCCAUUUCCAGCCAUAUUUUGAUAGUUAUGGUUCCUCCUCCUUGUUUGCCUUGCCUGUGCGGGAUAUGUUCCAAAACCCCAGUGGAUGCUAAAACCAUGGAUAGUACCAAAACCUAUAUUUGCUAUGGUUUUUCCUCUACACAUGUGAUAAAAUUCAGCUAAUAAAUUAAGUGUGAUAAGGGAUUAACACUGGUAAUAAAAUAGAACAAUAUAACAAUAUACUGUCAUAAAAUUACGUAAGGGAGGUCUCUCUUCUAAAAUAUCUCAUUGUGCACUACUGACCUCCCUUUUGGUGUUGAUGUGAGAUGGUACAGUGGGUGAGCAAUGAGGUGAAGUGAGCUGAAUAAGUACACACUUGUCAUGCUUCCUGGCUCUGACCUUUACAGCCUGAAGUGCAAUAGCAAAAGUAGCACAAAUUUCUUUUUCCUUCACAAUUUCCCGGAUAGAAGAUUUGUUCUCACCAUUGAUCUUAGCAAUCUCAGCAUGUGGUUUUUUCCUUUCCUUAUUUUUUUUCUUUCCUAAGCAAAAGACUUUCACCUUUUUUUUUAACUUUAAAGGAGCAUUUUACAGCUUUUCUUUGGUAUAUCUGAAUGGCCAGCAUCACUGCUCUUGCGUGUUGGGACUGUUACUGAGUAAAAUACUUGAACACAAGAUCUGCAGUAAAGUGACAGUGAUGUGAUAACCAAGACAGCUAAUAAGUGACUAACAAGCGGGUAGCAUAUACCGUGUGGAUACACAGGACAACGGGAUGAUUGGCACAACAGUGUGGGAUUUCAUCAUGCUACUCAGAAUGGCACGCAAUUUAAAACUUAAGAAUUGUUUAUUUCUGGAAUUUUCCACAUUAUAUUUUUGGACUAUGGUUGACUGCAAGUAACUGAAACCACGAAAAGUGAAACUUUGGAAAAGGGGGCCACUGUACAUAGAAACAUAAUUGUUUACCCUCUGAACAGUGGAUCAAGCACCAUUCACACUUUGUUCCAAAAUUAAUGUGAAAAGUAUUUCUUCAAUUCUUUAAAAUUAAGUGGGCUAUUUGAAGUCCAUAUAGGUAAAAAAAGGAAGAACUGAGAAAAUGUAGAAUUUUGGAAUAUUAAUAUUUUAUGUUUAAAGCCAUAAUUUUUUUAAUGUCAUAUCCAAAUAUGAGCCCAGCAUGUCCCUCAGGUAAAUGUGUUAGUCAGUGCUUUCCUUUCCUGCACUUGAAGUCACUGCCUUAAUUUCUCCUUGUUCAGCCAAAAUCUUUGCAUUCUUUAUAUGUUAAAAACUAAUUUUAGUUAUUAAUUCUUAAGGAAUAGAAAAAUAUGCUUAUUUUCCUUCUGAAAUAUUAAUUCUUUCAAAAACUGUGUGAGGUACAACAUUCUGGUUUUUUUUUUUUAACAGAAUGUAAGUAGUUAACACAAAUUUAGUCUUGUCUUUUUUCUUUCUUAGUUGUUAGUCGUUAGCUGUUAUGCUGGCAUAAAUGUCUUUUUUAUUAAGUGCCUGAUCGACAGAGCUUACUUUGAAGAAAGUGCCCUAAUUUAUUAGUGACUUAAGAAUUGCCUUCAUUGGAGAAUUUGACUUGUCUGAGUAUCUUCUGUUGUUCGUUCAGUCUGCUCAUCUCUGAGAUGUGUGUAGAGGAUAGCAGAUGUGCGGUAAGGGGAUGUGUCCAUGUUAAUGACUGCCCUCUGGCCGCCCACCCAGAGAUCCACAGUGGGGAGCUAGCUGUUGGACAGUUGGACUGUUGGACAGUCCAACAUCCUCAAGCUCUCUUGCUAGAAAUAACAUAGAGAAGCGAGCGUUGUGAGUAGCUCCAGGCUGGGGGUGAAGUUGUCACAAGGCAGGGUGACACCUUCCAAUGUGUUCUGCUGCCCUCUUCCCUUCCCUACAUCUGCCAUGGGUUCUAUUUGGAUUUGCAGUCAAGAUUUGGUCAUAAACAUAAAGUUCUAGUUAUGAAACUAGCUGUUACCUAAUUUGUAACUAAGGGAGGGAUUCUUGCAGAGAAUGUUGUUGUUGUCAUAUAUGACAAUGUCAAACAAGUAUGACAGAACUAAUGGUAAAAUGGAGUUUCUGCAAAUCCCACUUCAGAGAACCUCAGUUCUCAAAUUACUGAAUUUUUCUGAUGGAGGCAUUUUAGCAAAUGUAUGGUAUUAGAAACUCCCAUGAAUUAAGAUUUGGAAUUAUUUUAUUAAAUCGGAGUAUUUGAUAAGUCAGAUAAUAUUCUUUUCAUUCUUUCUGUUUUUUACAUCUUUGCCAAAGACUAAUGACUAAUUAAAGGCUUUCUUUUCAAAAUUGUAUGAAGGCUGCUCUUUUGCUUUGCUCUUUCUUACAGAUUCUGCUUCUCAUUGAGUGUGAUUUCAUAGGAAAUAAUUCUUUUUGUUAGAAUGUAUCAAUUUAUAACAUUGAUAGUGCCUAAAAGUGUGCUCAUUUAUUUCUUUUCCAUAUUCUUCUUUCUCAACAUAUAACCACAACAUAAAGGAUAAACACUUUAUUUUUAAAAGAUUUAUUUAUUUAUAUAUUUAUUUGAGAGCAUAGUUACAGACAGGGAGAGAGAGAGAGAGAGAGCGAGCUCCUCCAUCUGCUGAUUCACUCCCCAGGUGGCUGUAAUGGCUGGAGCUGGGCUGAUCCAAAGCCAGGAGCCAGGAGCUUCCUCCGGGUCUCCCACGUGGGUGCAGGGGCCCAAGCACUUGGGCCUUCUUCCACUGCUUUCCCAGGCCAUCAUCAGGGAGCUGGAUCAGAAGUGGAGCAGCCAGUACUUGAAGUGGUACCCAUAUGGGAUGUUGGCGCUGCAGGCAGAGGCUUAACCUACUAUACCACAGCGCUAGCCCUGAUAAAUACUUUUCAGACAGUGUGAGAAAAUAACUUUGAGUGUCUCUCACUGGACUUAAGCAGCCCCUCAAAAAUCCGUGGCUAAUUUCUUAUCUUCUAUGAACCUAUAAACUAAUCUUUUAUCUUUAAUAUUUCUAGCCAAUAUUAGUGACAGUUCAGUAAAUCCUUUUUUCAGAUUUAACCAUGAUCAAAAACAUCAUCACGUUUGCUUUUAUGGUUCCAGAAAACAUUGUAAUCAAAAUCAGCUAAGGAGAAAAAUUAUCCUUAUCAUCUAUUAUCCUUAUCAUUUAUUUUUCAUUUGUGCACUACUAUUGGAAGUUUCAAACAAUGUAUGCUAAUAUUUCUUAGCAUGUUUUAUUUUCCCUUUAUGAAGAUAUCAGAUAGUUUUAGGAAGUCUCCAGAUAUCUCACCCUGGAGGAGAAUGUUCCUGUAUAAUCCAUCUUUUUUUUUUUUGACAGGCAGAGUGGAUAGUGAGAGAGAGAGACAGAGAGAAAAGUCUUCCUUUUUGCCGUUGGUUCACCCUCCAAUGGCCGCUGCGGCCAGCGCAUCAUGCUGAUCCGAAGCUAGGAGCCAGGCACUUCUCCUGGUCUCCCAUGCGGGUGCAGGACCCAAGCACUUGGGCCAUCCUCCACUGCCUUCCCGGGCCAUAGCAGAGAGCUGGCCUGGAAGAGGGGCAACCGGGAUAGAAUCCAGCACCCCGACCGGGACUAGAACCCGGUCUGCCGGCGCCGCAAGGUGGAGGAUUAGCCUGUUAAGCCACGGCGCCGGCCCCCUGUAUAAUCCAUCUUAAAAUGGACUAAAAUUUUGUUUGCACCAUAGAUUUAACUGAUUUUUAAAUCUUUUCUAUCUGACCAACAUAAGAUUUUCCAAUUUCAGCACUGACAUUCAGCUGAAUAAUUCUUUGUUCUGGAGGGCAUCAUAGGAUGUUUAGCAGUGUCCAUGACCUCUGCCCUCCAGCUCCCAAUGGUAUCCCCCCUAGUUAUAACCAAAAAGGCCUCUAAGCAUUGCCACCCUGGGAUACAAGAUCACCCCCAGUUGAGAGCCAGUGAUAGAAGAAAAUGGAAGACACAGUGAAUAUAGAGUCACAUUCUUUUUAUCUGUUUUAUUUUACCUUAGGAAAUGGUUUAAUAGCAAAAAGAGGUGGUAGUAGUACAUUAAAAUAAAUAGGGUUUCUGCUUUGCUAGUUAAUUAGGGAAAAAAUCUGAUGUUGCAGUUAUGUCUUCUGUUUUACCUACCCACCCCCAGCCCUACCUUUGCAAACUAUGAUCUUACUUAGUAGGCCCAUGACUUCAGUAUAGUAUUUAGGGCUUAGGGCUAGGGUUAGGGGUUAAUGUAUUCUACAGAUUAUCUUUGACUUGAUCUGCUUUUUUACUUCAUUUUUAACUGGGAAUAAAGAGGGUGAUCACUCUCUUUCAUCUGCCUUCUGUAUAAACCCUCACCAGACUGGAAUCUCCUUGAAAGCAGAAAUGGUGUCUGCAUCCGCAGAACCAAACACUGUGCCUUCCUGUUUGUGGGAUCCGUUUUUACUUUGUAAGUGCAACUUUGUUUGCAUACACGUUUUGUUCCUGACUUUCCUGGUCGUUUGUUGGAAAUGAACUAGUUCAGUGAAUGAUUGAGAAGGACUACUUUGCUAUGACAGCUAGAAUCCUCGUGUUGUUUAUUUAAAAAUUCUUCAUGUGUUUAUAUGUCUGCAAGCGCGUUUCUCAGAGAGACACAUCCACAAAUCACUUAGUCACCGGUUUUAUGUGUUUGACUGUGGGUAACAGAGAUUGAAUCUUCCGGAUGCCAGACAAGCUGGUGCUAUAGGAAGGGAAAGGCAGAAGGAGCCCCUUCUGCAGGGGAGGUAAUCGCUGGAGACCAGGCUUUAACCCCAACUGGCAGGAAUUUUAUAGUCUGAGGGGAGAAUACAGCCAUCUCCUGGCAUUCUUAGACUUGGAGUCGAGUCAUCCUACAGACAGCCUACACAGUUUAAAUAUACCAUAAUGGAUUCUGAAUCCCUUUGGGAAACCUGGAUCACGUUUCUCCAUUGAAGUUAAAGACGCCAAACCCACCUUAGACCUCUGAGACCUACUUGGUCCCAGAAUUAUCUCAAAAUAGCAAAAGCCAGGUCAUCUGUUCAAACCAUUCAAAAUAGAUGAUGCCAAAACAUCCGACAGGCGAUCCAGAAUCAUGUUGUUUUUGUAAGUUUUGGGGCUUCAUAGCCAUAAAUAUUUUGGCACCAGCAUCUAUUGUAAUUCACUGGCUAUGUUGUCUCUACGUUCCCGUGAGAUGCUUGUCCCUGGAGGAAUGCAGGAAUGGGAACAGGAGACAGGAGCCUGCAGAAUCACUUAUUUAUGAAAUUCCCUGCUACUCUGUUUCCCCUCCUUUGACACUUUCCUAAAUUUAGUCUAUUAUAAAAUGGCUGUGUCUAGACAGAUAUCGGUGUUGUUUAGGGGGGGAAAAUGAUACAGGAACUCCAAUUUAAAUGAGCCUUACCUUUAUAAGAAACUGCCAAACUGUUUUUCCAAGUGGCUGUAUCAUUUUCUCCGCAGCAGUGUAUGAUGGUCAACUUUCUCCACUUCCUCACCAGCAUUGAUGUCACUGUCUUUUAUUAGCCAAUCUGACAGUGAUAUCUCAUUGUGGUUUUAACUGUAUUACUAUAAUAUAAUGAUAUUGAACAUCUUUUCAUAUAUCUUUUUGCCAUGUAUUUAUCCUCUUCAGUGAAAUUUCUGCCUGUUUGCUAACUGAAUUGUUUGCUAAAUGAGCCAUAUCUUAAAAUACCCUUUUUAAAAUUUUUUAAAUCAGUCCAGUGACUUAAGAAAUCAAUAAAAGAUUUUUCAAAUCCUUCUAGGUAAAAUAUGUAUAGCGUUUGAACAUGAUUUUUUAAUCUGAGCAGAAGAAUUCUUGUACUCCUUGUGUGGUACUAAUGCUGUGUAAAGUUUCAAAGACACCUUUACUUGGAAUGUUAAGCAGAAUGUACAGAUACAUACAUUGUACUUGGCUAUCAGAAUGUUUCUAGUCUUUUUUAUUUAAAAUAAGUGAUUUAAGGGUAUCAGAAUGACUUUGUGAAAAAUUAAUUAAAAUUUUUCCUAUUUGUGCAACAUGGGUAAAUGUAGAAUCCUAUAUGUAUGCAUUAAUAUAUUCUUAUUUCUCUGGUGUUCUUUAAUUUCAUAGUUUUAUUAAGUAGUCAUUGAGAACCUUAUAAAGUGCAAUCGUUAAGCUCUAUAGAUAAAAAUCAAGGAUGCUCAGCAAUUGAAAUUUUUUUUCUUAUGCAUGUGAAUUUUUCCCUUAGCUUUUUGUGCACGUUAACUUUUAAAUUUAAAAAAGAAAUUUACUUGGACAUUUUUAUUACUAUUUUCUGUUUGGGUUUCUGCACAUUAAGAAAGUCAUAAAAAUAAGCAUAUGUUAACUACAAUUCUACCCUGAGAUAAAUUUAUGCUUAAGAUGGUUAGAGAAGAAGAAUUUUAUGAAAGCUUCCUCUUAAGGCUCAUUAUUCUUUAUAUAUAACAUUUUUGCAUAAAGGAAACUAAAGAAGAGGGUUAAUUCUUUGUGGUGAGGAAACCAUCAGAUGCUGUGAAAUAUAUUGUACUUUUAAAUAUUUAAGAAGACAAGAACUAGAGGAAAUGUAAUUUCAUGUACUAAUAUAAAAGUAGUCUAGCAGCUAUUAAAAAUCACUUCUGAAAAUUAUAAUUGAAAAGUAUUUGGGGAACUGCAAUGAAAUGGUGCAUGGUUGACCUAUACAUGUGGGUCUAUU